AAAAUACAUAUGCUACAAAAUAUAAUUUAAUAAAAAUGUUGUUAUUUUUUUUUUUGUAAUUUAAUUAUGUAUUUUUUCCUCGUAAGAAACCGAAGAAUGAGUAUAACAUAAAUGAUCAAAAAGACGGUAAAAAGCAGAAGUUCAAAUGUUCACCAACAAUCAUCAUCACUAUGGAGCAAAUGCAAAAAUCUCCAAUCCUUAAAGCAAAUUCACGCACUCAUGAUCAUCAAUGGUUUCAAUUCCAAUCACAUUGCUCUACGCGAGCUCAUUUACACUUCUGCCAUUGCCUUUUCAGCAUCGAUUCAUUAUGCACACAAGGUGUUUGCUCAAAUUACUCAACCAGAUCUUUUCAUGUGGAACACUAUGCUUAGAGGUUCAGCUCAGAGUCUUAGGCCUUCUUUAGCUAUUUCCCUUUAUACCCAGAUGGAAAAACGUUGUAUACGUCCGGAUAGUUAUACUUUUCCUUUUGUACUUAAAGCGUGUACCAAGCUUUCUUGGGUUGUUUCUGGUCUUGUUUUACAUGGGAAAAUUGUGAAGUUUGGGUUUGAGUCUAAUAAAUUUGCGAGGAAUACGCUUAUUUAUUUUCACGCGAAUGUUGGAGAUAUAAGAAUUGCGGGAGAACUUUUUGAUGAUUCUGCUAAGAGGGAUGUUGUUGCUUGGUCUGCAUUGACUGCCGGUUAUGCGAGGAGAGGGAAACUGGACGUGGCGAGGGGAAUUUUUGAUGAUAUGCCAGCUAAAGAUUUGGUUUCUUGGAAUGUGAUGAUCACUGGGUAUGUGAAGCAAGGGAAGAUGGAGAACGCGAGGGAGUUGUUUGAUGUGGUUCCAAAGAGGGAUGUUGUGACUUGGAACGCGAUGAUUUCUGGUUAUGUGCUUUGUGGAGAAAAUGACAAGGCGUUGAAAAUGUACGAAGAGAUGAGAGGUGCAGGGGAAUAUCCUGAUGAGGUUACCAUGUUGCAUCUUUUAUCUGCUUGCACGGAUUCAGCAUUCUUGGAUGUUGGCGAAAAGAUUCAUCGGUCUAUUAUUGAGAUGGGUGCAGGGGAAUUAAGCGUAUUUCUUGGUAAUGCACUUGUAGACAUGUAUGCUAGGUGUGGGAGCAUUAGGAAGGCACUUGAAGUGUUUCAAGGCAUGAGAGAAAAGGAUGUAUCGUCUUGGAACAUAAUAAUGUUAGGAUUAGCUUUUCACGGUCAUUCUGAAGAAUGUAUCUCUCUUUUUCAAGAUAUGAGGAGAAUGAAGUAUAUUCCUAAUGAAAUUACUUUUGUUGGGGUAUUAGUUGCUUCUAGUCAUGCUGGAAAAGUUGAUGAGGGCCGAGGAUAUUUCAGGAUGAUGAGAACCGAGUACAAUAUAGAGCCGAACAUAAGGCACUACGGGUGUAUGGUGGAUAUGCUAGCACGUGCAGGACUAUUGAAUGAAGCAUUUGAGUUCAUAAACGCGAUGGAGAUUGAACCUAAUGCUAUUAUAUGGAGAACACUGCUAGGAGCCUGUAAAGUUCAUUCCAAUGUUGAGCUGGGAAGGUAUGCUAAUGAGCAGCUACUUAAAUUGGGAAGGGAAGACAGCGGGGACUAUGUCUUGCUGUCCAAUAUCUAUGCUUCGAGGGAUGAAUGGGAUGGUGUUGAAAGGGUGAGGAAGUUGAUGGAUGACAAUGGGGUUUGGAAAGAACCUGGUUGUACUUUAGUUGAGGCUGAUGAUUAUGCUCUUAGGAAUUUUUGUUUUGAUUCCAAUGCUUAAGUAGUCUUGAAAUAGUUGGCGGAGUCUGAGACGCGAGUAACUAAGCUUAAUGCCUCUUUCUUAAAGUUUGUACACGUGAAGGUCCAUCCUCUGUGGAGGAAGGUUACAAAGACGACCCUUUUGAUCCAGCUCUUUCAUCUCUUCACAUCGUUGACCACUGCAGUGCAUGAGACAUGCAAACUGCAUUUCUGCUGUUUCUAUCAGUAGUUCAUUGAGGAUUCGGGGUCAACUGUAUGACCCAUUUAGACAUUUUGUUAUAGUUCUUCGAUUAGUGCAUACAUCCAUUAAUUUAUUUCCCUUCUAUAUUUUGGGGAUCGGUAUGGCUGUGUCAGGUAGUUGAGGACUUGCAAUUCUGAAUAAAUUUUAUUGCUUCA